AUGACAGGUGAAAUAGUAGAAUUUGAAGAAGGUACAAUAGGAAUUGCCCUGAAUUUGGAAUCAAGUAAUGCUAGUGUUGUAUUAAUGGGUGACGGUUUGAUGAUACAAGAGGGAAGUUUUGUAAAAGCAACAGGAAAAAUUGCUCAGAUACCGGUGAGUGAGAAUUAUUUGGGUUGUGUUAUAAAUGUCCUCGCUGAGCCUAUUGACGGUCGGAGUAAAAUUUCAGCUUCUGAAUCUCAGUUAAUUGAAUCUCCUGCCCCGAGUAUUAUUUCGAGAUGUUCCGUUUAUGGGUCUCUUCAAACGGACUUAUUGUUAUUGAUUCGAUGA